CCCGGUUCGAACCCGGGCUCAGACAUACUUUUUUUUCCUUUUUUUUUUACAAAACCAUGUGCACUCGGAUACUAAAAUGCUGUGAGCUAAAAGCAUUGGUGCCUGAUCCAAUUUACCGUCCAUCGCCGCCAAAUCGAGGUUCUGUGCUCCAUUCUAGUUUUCUAGUCGUGAGCCUACCAACCCGUGAAUUUCUCGUCUGAGUUUCUAGGGAGAAUGCAAGCUCAACGACUGUCACUUCCCAUUGCCACUCUCUCUCCACCACUUUCCUCAAACUACCCCCUUCUUCCUAUAACCAAACUUUUUUUAUCCAAAUCAAAUUUCCCAUCUGGGUUUUGCAAUUCUCUCAUUUUCAAAACAAUCUCUUUAUCACCAACCACUUUGCCUAAGUUAAUGAGUGGAGUAUCUGCUCAACAAGGAUAUGAUGAUGGUGAUGGUGAUUAUAAUUAUGAUGAUGGGUUUUACAUGAGAAAGUGUGUGGAGAUUGCAAGAAAGGCUAUUGGGUGCACCAGUCCCAACCCCUUGGUGGGCUGUGUUAUUGUCAAGGAUGGAAAGAUUGUUGGUCAAGGGUUUCAUCCUAAAGCUGGCCAGCCUCAUGCUGAGGUAUUUGCUCUUAGAGAUGCUGGAAAUUUGGCUGACAAUGCAACAGCGUAUGUAAGCUUAGAACCAUGUAACCACUUUGGGAGAACUCCACCAUGUACUGAAGCUCUCAUUAAAGCCAAAGUGAAAAGGGUGGUGAUUGGAAUGGUUGAUCCAAAUCCAAUUGUAGCAUCAAAAGGGGUUGAGAGACUCAGAAAUGCUGGAAUUGAAGUUACUGUAGGGAUAGAAGAAGAGCUAUGCAAGAGCUUGAAUGAGCCUUUUGUCCACCUAAUGCUCACGAGGAAGCCUUUUGUCACGCUUAGAUACUCGCUCUCAGUCAAUGGCCAGAUUGUAGACCAGCUUGGAGAAGGAUCCACAGAGUCCAGCGGUUACUACUCACAGUUGCUGCAGGAAUAUGAUGCUGUUAUAGUUUUGUCUGCCUCAAUAGCUGACAAGUUUUCGAUUCCUCAGUCCCAAGAACCUGGAGCCAAUCAACCCCUCUGGAUUGUUGCAGCAACUAAUAAUUAUAGUUCUUUGAAUAAAAUCUCUGAUUUGCCUAUAGAAGCAGCUACUAAGGUGAUAGUUUUCAGUAACCAAGAGAUAGUAGAGCCAAAAAUCGUUCAGAGAGGAAUAGAAACUGUAGUUCUGGAUCAGAUCAGCUUGAAUGCCAUUCUUGAAUACAGUAAGCGCCAAGGAUUUUGCAGCGUUUUGCUGGAUUUGAGGGGAAGUGUAGAUGAUAUAAAAGAGCUACUGAAAGAUGGUAUUGAGCAAAAUAUGUUGCAAAAGGUUGUGAUAGAAGUGUUGCCCCAGUGGGUUGAAAGUGGUGGUAAGAACUCUUGUGUUGCAUUGAGCAGCCUGGAUAAAAGAUUGGACAUUAAGAAAUUGAAGCCUAAAAUGUCAGGUAAGAGUGUUUUACUUGAGGGAUAUUUUUGAGUGAGAUCUCAGAUAAGAGUUUUACUUUGAAGAUUAUAUUUAAGUGGCUCUUGUCUUGCUACAAAGGGAAACAAAGGAAUAAUAAUACCAUAUGUUUUUGGGAUUCAUCUUUAUCAGCCAAUAAUAACAUUUUGAGUCGGUGAUUUUUCUAGUUGAA